AUGACAAUUGUUGCGCUAGGAGAGUCCACUGUCAGGGCUAUCGGCUCAACGUCCGCUCUGCCCGACCCUUCGUCAGUGGUCAAAGAGCUUCUUGACAACGCUCUAGAUGCCGGAGCUACUUCAGUUCUCGUUGAGAUUUCUGUUAAUACCCUGGAUAUUAUCCAAUUGAAGGACAAUGGAUCUGGGAUACUACCGAGUGAUCGCUCAUUUGCUUGCAAGCGGAACUAUACCAGCAAAAUACAAACAAAGGAAGAUCUCUGCAGAGUUGGCGGCAAGACUUUAGGAUUCCGUGGGCAAGCUUUAGCCAGCAUUGCCGAAAUGAGCAAUUCCGUGUGUAUUAUAACACGUGUCCCUGAGGAACAAGUUGCAAAAACAGUAAAAUUUGGGCGGGACGGGACGCCCUUAAGUGACACUCCUACCUCUCAUCCAGUUGGAACGACUGUCUGUGUCUGCGAUUUUCUAAAGCCUUUACCAGUUAGGCGACAAGAAGUUGAGAAAACAUCGGCCAAGUGCAUACUUACUAUAAAAAAACUCCUUCAAAGAUAUGUAAUAGCAAGACCGAGGACGCGUUUGUCCUUGAGACUAUUGAAGUCUAGAGAUAAGGACUGGAUUUAUGCCCCCAGUACGAAUCCCUCCGUUUGUGAUGCAAUUUCCAAGGUUAUUGGUUCUGCUGUAGUUUCCAGCUGUAUUUCCAAUAAUUCUGUCUAUCCUAUUUUGGGAGAGGAAAGCGGCUCAGACUCUGUGGUAAACCACAAUACUCCUAUUAUUCACAUGUCUGUUAUUGUACCCAAGCCUUUCGCAGAAUGUGUACCCAACAUUAACUACAAAGGACAAUUUGUAGUUAUUGAUGGCCGCCCACUCCUAACUUCUAGGGGCUUUGGCAGGGAGGUGGUUAAGCUUUUCAAAUCCUGUUACAAACAAACCAUGGAUAGGCCCAAACUUGAAGACCCCUUCUUGUUCUUAUCCUUGAGCUGUCCGCCUGGAAUAUAUGAUAUCAGUAUUGAACCUUCUAAGGAUGAUAUCCUGUUUGAAGAUCAUCAGGCGGUCCUCCAUGUAAUCGAGCGUGCUUUCAAGGAUAUAUACAAGCCAGAGACUCUUACAGUUAUAUCCAAUCCUGAUACCCGCCAGGGUCGUCCCGGUAACCAGUCAGUUGUCGGUAUUAGUAGUCCGGGAUCUACCUCAAACGGCAGUAAUCUGCCUUCUACCAACAAAUCUUCCUCUGCUGUUAACCCAUGGACACUGUCUGUUGCUGCCCAGCGACUUCAAGAUCCGGAAUCUCAACUUUUAACCCCACGGCGGGAACCUCAAAUUACACUGAAUAUCAUACCCCUGGGCAGUUCAAACGAUAAGGCAAAAAGUAGCAGAGCCUCCAUGAGGCAAACAACACUUAGCCUGAAUGAUUGUGGCAGGGUGUCACUAUUUGAAAAACGAAACCCACAGCCAAGAAGCAAUGGCUCACUUCGAAGGGGCACUGCAUUGAAGGUACCCACAGCCAAUACCCUGCAUGGUAUUGACUCUUUCUUACAGACCCCUGGGAAAAACCCAACCAGGAACAUUCGUGCAGCGUGUAUAGUGCAAUCUCCUCCCCAAAAAUCUCCUCCCCAAACAUCUCCUCCUUCGAGAUUUCACCCAGUGACCAAAAGCUGCCAGGCAUCUAUGGCUAUUUUUUCUCCAAACCCUCAAUAUCCAACACGCCCAAUCCCACGCUCUAUGAGCGGGCAGUUACAUUACAAUAAGAGUAAUGACCGUGGAGACCCAGGUUCUUGCCAAUUACGCCCGAUAAACAAGUCAACUAUCCCUUCCGGUUCAUAUCUACACACAUAUCCGUCCAACCCUAGCUUCGUGCCUAGAUUUGAACUUGAUUUAGACAGAAUUAACGAUCAGAAUAACUGUUCCAACAACCUGAAUACCGGCAUAUGUACCAACGUUAUCCAAGAUCAAGGAAGUCGAACUCCUAUGGAAUGCAUGCCAUCCAUUGAUCCAGCGUAUGAAACAACGAUCCGGAAUGGUGGCGAAAUUACACAACUGGCAGACGCAGUUAAACGACUAGUUGAUACAGAUCAAUAUGUGAAGUCAGGGUCUCUCACGGAAGCAUUCUCGCAAGUUGAUUCAACAAGUAACAUUAACUACUGGACCAACAGGCUUCAUACCCUAGCGAGAGACUCCUCAUUCCAAAGCCGAUUAAGGCAAUUAUCGUUUUUAACUUCAGUCAUCCCUUUCAAGUAA